GGGUAUAUCACCUAACCGUGAAGCGUACUCGGAAAUUACCGAUUACCGUAAUGCUCGCUUCCCCUUCCUCCCUCUCCCCCUUACUUUCGUCAACAUCAAUAAUUCCCUACUUCCUUCCUUGAUUCAAUACUGUUUGUAAUCUUUUACCACCCCUUCACGUAUUUCUACUUCCACUCAUAGAAUCACUAUUUACUACUGAGACCUCUAACUGCUCAAGCGAUUCCAUGGGUGCAACUAACAGAAGUCGAAUUCCAGAGGACCCAAAGAUGGCGAAGGGGAAGGUGAAGGUGAAGGGGGAGGAUUUGCAAUCUUCAUCUUCGCAGACAACCAAGUAUAUCGAUGGGGAGGGCGCGCCGGACGACUUCGAGUUUGGCGGAUCUCUUGGUGCGGCCUCGUUGAUGGUUGGGUUUCCCUUGUUGAUGUGGUACAUGUGGAUUGGUGCAACUUACUACGACGGCCAGUUCCCCUUGCCCGACGCCAACCAGACCUGGGGUGAGUUUGGUCGUCACCUGGUCCAGUUCGUCUAUGAGGGAGCUUUUCCAACAGCUAAGGCGUGGGCCAUCUACUGGAUAUUCUUUGUCUUGGAGGCCAUCAUGUAUUGUUAUAUGCCCGGCGUGUUGAGCUAUGGCCGGCCUCUGCGCCACGAAGGGGGCAAGAAGCUUCCAUACUACUGCUCCGCCUACACCAGCUGGUACGCGACACUUGCCACCGCCGCUAUCCUCCAUGUCACAGGUCUCUUCCCGCUAUACACGCUGAUCGACGAGUUCGGGCCUAUCAUGAGCGUGGCCAUCCUCUCCGGCUUCCUGAACAGUGUGAUCGUCUAUGUUCAAGCUAUUGUACGGGGACGAACACACCGGCUCACGGGUCACAUCGUCUACGACUUCUUUAUGGGCGCCGAGCUCAACCCGCGCAUCGGCAUCUUGGACUUCAAAAUGUUCUAUGAGGUCAGGAUCCCAUGGUUUAUCCUAUUCCUCAUCACUGCUGCCGUGGCCGCUCGCCAGUACGAGACGUAUGGGUACGUCUCGGCAGAGGUGUCCUUCCUUCUCAUGGCCCAUUUUCUAUACACCAAUGCUUGUGCCAAGGCGGAGCAGAUGAUAAUUACGAGUUGGGAUAUGUACUUUGAAAAACUAGGCUUCAUCCUUACCUUCUGGAACAUGGCAGGUGUGCCCUUCACCUACUGCCACUGUGCCCUCUACCUUGCAAACCACGACCCGGCUGAGUAUCGCUGGAAUCGUUAUGCCUUGACCGUCCUCUUCGUUGUAUACCUCUUCUUUUACUGGAUGUGGGAUUCUUCCAACGGUCAGAAGAACGGCUUCCGCCAGAUGGAGAGAGGCCAACUCAUCAGGCGCAAGACAUUCCCACAAAUGCCCUGGCAGUACAUUGAGAACCCCAAGGCCAUUGAGACGCAAGCUGGCGAUCGCAUCUUGGUGGACGGCUGGUUUGCCAUUGUACGGAAGCCCAAUUAUGUUCCUGAUAUGUUCUUCGCUAUAUCCUGGGGUCUGAUCACGGGAUUCAAGAGCCCUUUCCCUUGGUUCUAUCCCGUCUUCUUCGUGGUCAUGAUUAUUCAUCGGACCACCAGGGACAUUGCAAGAUGUCGAAGGAAGUACGGUGAGGCUUGGAAGCAGUAUGAGAGGGAGGUGCCAUAUCUGUUCAUCCCAUAUGUUAUCUAGAGAAUAUCGGCCAUUAGCACUGGGCCAUUAGCACUGGGCCAUUAGCACUGGGCCAUUAGCACUGGGCCCUUA